AUGGGUGAUUUAAAGAACAAAUCGAACCAGAAGCCGCCGGCACAGGAGCCUUCUUUUCCAUUGCAACCAAGCUUGAACGAAAUUUUGUCUGAGAUUGAUGUGUCUUUCCGUGAUCCUGUGUUUUUGUACGAAGACGACUGCUUUCGAAAAAAAGAUGACCUUCUCGAAAGCAUAGAUGAUAAUGCGAACUUCAGCUCGCAAGGCCAGGAGGCAAAGUCCGAGGUGGCCGAAAAGAUGUCUGAUUACGACUUUGCCGCUACACUGUUCUGCAAGUACCGGCAGAUCUCGGAGGCCGAAGACGACUUGAAAGAAAAACUGCAAACAGUGACCCGCCUCAAGGACACUUUGAAAGAUCGCGUUUCUGACGUUGAGCUACUGAAGAACAGUAAGUAA